CGCGCUUCCUCAACUUUCCCUCCACUGUUCUUAGAAGCUCAGCUCAGAAACAUUUUCUGGCGGAAGUAGAACUUUUGCCGUAGAUUUUCUCGCAUUUUCCUCCAGGAAUAAUCCCUUCUCCUGCUUCCCCUAUGAACGGUCGAGACGUAGCCCUGGUCUCGACGGCCACUCUCUUUGGUGCUUUAGCCUCUGCUUUUGCUUACCAUACAUUCUUCUCCAACCCUAGUAAACAAUCUUCUCGAAACAAUUCGUACAAAAACGGCGACGUUUCAAAGAAUCGGUCCUCUCAUGAUCCUUUCGACCCUUCGAAACGCAAAGGAUAUAUGUCUUGGGAUGACUAUUUUAUGUCAAUUGCAUUCUUAUCUGCUAAGAGAUCCAAAGACCCAAACAGGCAGGUUGGUGCAUGCUUGGUGAGUCAAAACGGUAUAAUACUUGGCAUAGGCUAUAAUGGAUUCCCGAGAGGUUGUUCUGAUGACAAGCUUCCUUGGGCAAAGAUGUCAAAAUCUGGAGAUCCACUGGAGACAAAGUAUCCUUAUGUUUGUCAUGCUGAAGUCAAUGCGAUCCUGAAUACAAAUCAUGCAUCUGCAGCUGGUCAGAGGCUUUACGUGACCAUGUUCCCUUGCAAUGAAUGUGCAAAGAUAAUCAUUCAGUCAGGUGUCUCAGAAGUCAUAUAUUUUAUAGAAAAACGACUGAAUACGGAAACCGUGUAUGUUGCUUCGCGCAAGCUGCUAUCAAUGGCUGGUGUUAAGGUCAGAAAACAUCAGCCACAGAUGGACCAGAUUCUGUUGCAGUUCAAAGAGCUGUAGUUUUAGAUCCAUGUAUCAGUUUUCAUCUUGACAAACAAGAUUGUUACUUAUUUUGUAUCCGAUGUUGUAACUGUAGCACAGUAACUAUUUAUGUUCUGAUUUGGGAUGAUUAUCGAAUAUAGAUAUGCUUGAGAA